UAGUCAAAAUAAACAAAAAUAUUUGUGCGGAAUGGUUUGUGAUCGUUGCGAAGCGAAGUUGUCCAAAAUUGCAACACCUGAUCCGUGGAAAAAUGGAACAGGAAAAAGAAAAAUCAACGAAAACAAAUUUUUGUCCACUGCUAGAGAUAGACAAAAUCCCAUUUCUAGAAGUUUAGCACCUUGUAGAAUAUGUAGGCAGAAAGUACAUCAGAUUGGCUCCCAUUAUUGUCAAGCAUGUGCCUACAAAAAAGCUAUAUGUGCUAUGUGCGGAAAAAAGCUGCUCGAUACCAAAAACUAUAAACAAAGUUCCACUUAGAACAACUUUAUAUAUUACAAACUUCAA